AUGGAAUAUAAUGGUGGAUCCUGCGUAGCCAUGACAGGAAAGAACUGUGUGGCUAUUGCAUCUGAUUUGCGUUUGGGAGUACAAUCUAUAUCCUUGGCAAAUAACUUUCCAAAAGUAUUCCCCAUGACCGACAAGACGUAUUUGGGACUUACAGGCUUUGCUAGUGAUGUUCAGACGCUCUAUGAACUAUUCCGUUAUAAAGUAAACAUGUAUAAAUUCCGUGAGGAGCGUCAAAUUGAACCAAAGACCUUUGCCAAUUUGGUGUCCACUUCACUUUACGAAAAAAGAUUCGGACCUUACUUUUCUUUCCCAGUUGUAGCUGGUUUGGCUAAAGAUGACAAUCCUUUCGUUUGUGGGUUCGAUUCCAUUGGAUGCAUUGACUUUGCUGAUGACUUUAUUGUGAGUGGUACCGCUGCAGAACAACUUUAUGGUAUGUGCGAGUCCGUAUACGAGCCCAACCUCGAGCCUGAAGAUUUAUUUGAAACUAUUUCUCAAGCUCUCUUAAAUGCUCAAGAUCGUGAUGCAAUUAGUGGUUGGGGUUGUGUUGUCUAUAUCAUUACACCUGACAAAUGUGUAAAACGACUUGUAAAGGGUCGUCAAGAUUAA